CGUCUCAGUGAUGCAAGUCGCUCAAGUCAGUGCUCCUUCCUGUUUUUCACUAGUUCCGUCUUCUCUCGUGCCGUGUUUGCAUAGACUGGGCUGAGCAGGAAGUCCAGAAAAAAAAAAAGGUUUGCCCAGGAAGAGACAUAAAACGGUUAAAGAGGAAGAGAGGAGAUCUCACAAGGGCUUUCGGGAGGACUUUUGUUGUUGGUGUUGUGACGUUUGACACCGGCAGGGGUAUCUGCCAUGGGGGCUGUGAGAGGUGUUGUCGGGGUUGAUGGGAAAAGAACGGUGCUUUUUGAAAGGAGAGGACUGACGCACUGUUUGAGAGUCAGCUCGGUUGUUUGAGUUGAAGCACUCCAACCAGACAAACCAGAUAGCUCCUGAUGGAUUUUAGAGGGAAACCCUGAAGCCUCACACACACUUCUGACACACACACAUCAGUGGGAGACUAGAAAGAACAUGGAAACACUGAGGGAGUCUUUUCUGCAUUUAACUUUUCAGAUGUCAUCGUAUAAGAGAGCCACGCUGGACGAGGAGGACCUGGUGGACUCCACCGGUGAUGACAUCUACCCAUCGUCACCUAUGCAGGUGACUCUUCUGCACGGCCGCGGUCCCACAUGUUGGUCAGACAGGACACCGAGCGAGAGGAGGCUGCUGUUUUUAUUGUGCGUCGUGUCUGUGGGCCUGUUCAUAUCUCUCAUCACAACCGGGGUUUUCUACAAACAGACUCACCCGGGUCUGUGUCUAACCGAGCCGUGCAUCACCGUGGCUAGUGCGGUCAUGGGAGCCCUGGACCGAUCCGUAGACCCCUGCCAUGACUUCUACAACUUUGCCUGUGGGGGCUGGGUGAAGAGCAACCCCCUCCCCGAGGGCAAGUCCCGCUGGGGACCUUUCAGCAACCUCUGGGAGCACAACAUGCUUGUGAUGAAGCAUUUAUUAGAAAACACGACGAUGAAAGAUCUGAGUAAGGCUGAGGAAAAGGCCCAGCGAUAUUAUCAGGCCUGCAUGAACGAGGCCAAGAUUGAAGAAUUAGGAGCUAAACCACUACAGGAGCUUAUCAGCCAGAUAGGAGGAUGGGCCCUGACCGAACCCUGGCACAAGGACAACUUCCAGGAAGUUUUGCGUAUGGUGUCGGCCAACUAUCGCACCUCGCCUUUCUUCACCGUGUUUGUCAGCACCGACUCAAAAAACUCCAACAGUAACAUCAUCCAGGUGGAUCAGUCCAGCCUGGGGCUACCCUCACGGGAUUACUACCUCAACAAAACAGCAAAUGAAAAGUAUCUGACGGCAUACCACAACUUCCUGAUGGAGUUAGGGGUUCUCCUGGGUGGCUCCGAGGCCACGUCUCGGACGCUGAUGGAGGAGAUUGUGGACUUUGAAACUACCCUGGCCAACAUCACAGUCCCGCAGGAGGAGAGACGAGACGAGGAGCUCAUCUAUAAUAAGAUGGAGGCCAAGGAUCUGACAACUCUGGUUCCUGCAGUGGACUGGAUGCCAUACCUCACAGAAGUUUUUGCUCCUGUGCCGCUCAACGAGUCAGAGCCGGUGGUUGUUUAUGCCAAAGAAUACCUCCAGCAAGUUUCUGAACUCAUACUUAAAACCAAUAAAAGCCUACUCAACAACUACAUGAUAAUGAAGGUGGUGAGGAAGAUGGGGUCAAUUUUGGACCAAAGGUUCCAGGAUGCAGAGCAGCGCUUCCUUGAGGUCAUGUACGGAACAAAGAAGAGCUGCACUCCGCGCUGGAAGCUGUGCGUCAGCGACACGGACAGCGCCCUGGGCUUCGCUCUGGGAGCCAUGUUUGUCAAAGCCACCUUUGCUGAGGACAGCAAGGCCAUUGCUGAAGAUAUGGUUGGAGACAUUAAAUGGGCAUUUGAGGACAGCCUGAAGGACGUGAGCUGGAUGGACUCUGAGACGAAAAAAGCAGCAAAAGAAAAGGCAGAUGCAAUAUACAACAUGGUCGGAUAUCCAGAGUUCAUCAUGAACGCCACAAAGCUGGACAAAGUGUUCAAUGAUUUCGAGGUGGUGUCAGAACUGUACUUCCAAAACGUCAUGCAGUACUACAACUUCUCAGCCAGAGUGACCGCGGACCAGCUGAGGAAAACUCCCAACAGAAACCAGUGGAGCAUGACCCCUCCGACCGUGAAUGCAUAUUACAACCCAACCAAGAACGAGAUGGUUCUGCCUGCAGGAAUCCUCCAGGCUCCGUUUUACAGUCGUUCCUGGCCUAAAGCUCUUAACUUUGGUGGAAUUGGAGUCGUCAUGGGACAUGAACUGACUCAUGCUUUUGAUGACCAAGGGAGGGAAUACGACAAAGAUGGCAACCUGCGUCCCUGGUGGAAGAACUCUUCUGUGGAGGCCUUCAAGAAGCAGACGCAGUGCAUGGUGGAGCAGUAUGGGAAUUACAGCAUCAACAAGGAGCCUCUGAAUGGAAGACAGACCCUGGGAGAGAACAUCGCCGACAACGGUGGACUCAAGGCCGCCUACAAGGCUUAUGUGAACUGGAUCAAAAAGAACGGCGAGGAGGCCACGCUGCCUGCCCUGGGAAUGACGAACGAUCAGCUGUUUUUUGUAGGAUUUGCCCAGGUAUGGUGCUCCGUCAGGACACCCGAAAGCUCACACGAGGGCAUCAUCACAGAUCCUCACAGUCCGUCCAGAUUCAGAGUCAUCGGCACCAUCUCCAAUUCACGCGAAUUCUCAAAGCACUUUGGCUGCAAAGCAGACGCUCCCAUGAACCCUAAACACAAGUGUGAGCUCUGGUGAUGCCUCAUUGCUCAGCCCUGUUUGUCAGCGAGGGGUUAAAUGGACGUUUUGGGAGAAUAGAUUGACAAAGUCUCUCCGGAUGGGGAACCCAAGAACCACUGAAACUCCUAUUGCCUUGUCACUGCUUAUCAGGCUCCUUAUAGGACACAAUGUGCCUGCUCUGUGUGGAGGAUUGCAAUCUUCAGUGCUUCUCCACAAGGACUGUUGGUUUAGCGAACCGCUUUUCCCCAACUUCUGAAGUUAAAUGUAGCUAUGAAUGCGCUUUUUGAACACUGGAAACCCAAUAAAUGGUUACAGAAAAUGGGGGGACCACUCUCAGAUUUUGUGAACAGCUUGUUUGUCACAUAAAGUGAUGAAUAUUUUCUUUUCCCUGUAACUCUUCACUGUGCUUGGAUCUGCUCCAAUUGAUUUUAUUGUAUUUUUAUUUAUGGAAAAACAAUAUGGACUGUUAAUUAAGAAUGGUAUAAAUAUGUUUUAAUACAAAACAUUUUUGUGUACAAUCUGGUCAAAUUGUUAUUUUAUAGAGAUAUUGACGUGAUAUUUGUCUCCCAUUGCUGCCGUUUCAUUUCUGUAAUGGAAGACCAAUACAAAUCAGAAACAGAAUGGAGGAACUAAGAAAUGCACAGCAAUAACUUUAAAGCAUAAUACAUACAAAAACAUAUUUUUUCAUCCAGAACUUGGUUGUAUAGGCUAAGCUAUGAUGUGUCAUACCUGUUUUUAUGAGUAAGAGUUUGUCACAAAUUAUUUUGUAUAGUAAAAACCAAUCUUAAAACAC